AUACAACGUAUAAAACACCAAACUGGUUUUCGGUUUAGUAUUGUGAACUUUCUUUUAUGUAUUAUUGGUGGUAUGAUUUUGAAACAUUGGUCGGUUGGAGAUGUACUUAGAUCCAUUGGAUCGAGUUAAAUAACCUGGGUAUGUUUGUUCAGAAUAAACAUUGCUGUAAAGUGACGUCAGUUUAAAACGUAGUUCUGCUUUGAAUACCAAAUCUUAUGCUUGGUUAGAAUGUUAGAUUUUGAAGAGUUGUCGUUCUUUGACGUCAUUAAAAACUUCCUUGACUGUUGCGGCGAGAAAUCACCGCAUGAGUGAUUUCGAACAGAGAUAUUUACCCUCAGCACCUUACCUCGCUUACCAUUUCCACCAUUCAUUGCUAACUUUGACUGAAAUGACUGUAGGAGGUAUUCUUGACUUUUUAUUUGUAAAUUUAACGUUACUAUGUCUAGCGACAGUUUGUUCUAGUGAAAAUAGCUGUGCAAAUCCAUCAGUUGAGCCGUGGAAGACGGCAUGCUGCGGUGGUUUAUUCCAGAACACAAACGCCGUGCAUGAUGUUGUUUUUUUGGAUUAUUUGCGUGCGAAUAACUCAGCAGUAUUAUGUCUCUGGUCACUCCAGGUGGCCACCGAUAAGGUAAUUGAAGUUACAUUCAAUCAGUUUGAUGUCGGUUUGGCCAACACAUGCGAAGGUGUUGAUGACAUUAAAAUCUACGACAAAUCAAUUUUGUAUACUGGCAGAAGCUUCUGUGGAACUACAAGACCCAGGAAUUUCGUCUCAUCAUCAAAUCUUGUUGAAAUUCUUUAUUCUGCAACAUUAGUCAACCAUGCAAAUUAUUUUAAUAUAAGUUGGGUAGUGAAAGAUCGUUGUCCAGAAGCGACAUGUUGGAAUGGAAAUUGCAUCAAUCAUUCGCAACGAUGCGAUGGAAACAAAGAUUGUUUGGACGACAGCGAUGAAAUUGAAUGUGAGCAAACAGUUGACUUGGAUGGAACUACAGUUGUAGAUACUUCAGAAGAAUGUGGAAAAACUUUCGUUGCUCCUGGUUUUACUUGGAAUCCUAGAAUUGUCGGCGGCAACGAAGCAGUUCCAGGUUCGUGGCCCUGGCAUGCUGGUCUUAUCAAAUAUAAUCAACAGUCUGCAUAUUGCGGGGGGAGUAUUAUUUCAGAGCGAGCUAUUCUGACAGCUGGACAUUGCGUCGACUUUCUAAGCAGUCCAUACGUGAAGGUUGUUGUUGGAAGACAUUCUAUAAAUGGUAACAAGGGGGAACAGCUGAUAAACGUUGCGGAAAUUAUUUUUCAUCCUGAUUAUCUACCAAUAACUCUUCGAAACGACAUUGCUAUUUUAAUUCUAAACACUUCAAUUACAUAUACAUCAACCAUUCGACCAAUCUGUUACUCUGAUUCAAACAUAACAACUUCUGAUAUUGAUAAUGGGAUUCAAUGUAUUGCUACUGGAUGGGGAAGACUACAAUCUGACGUAGCACUUCACCCAACGGGUCUGUUCCAAGUUCGCCUUCCUUUGGUCACCCAUGACGAUUGUGACGCAAGGUACCGAAGCACGCCAAUAUCCGCAGAUACACAGAUAUGUGCAGGCUCAAGUAAAGGCGGUGUGGAUACAUGUCAGGGAGAUUCUGGUGGACCAUUAGUGUGCUUGAUCGGUGAAUCGACCUGGUUUCAAGUCGGAGUUACUUCGUUUGGAAAAGACUGUGGCAACAAACGUUACCCUGGUGUUUACACAAAAGUUUCCUAUUAUUAUCAAUGGAUAAGAUCAGCGUUAUCUUCAAGAAGCCCCACAGUACCUCCUGCAAAAUCUAUUAGGAACGAAUCAACAACGCGACAUGAAGAAAUAACUACGAUGACGUAUACUCAACAAGUAACCAGUGAUGUCACUAUGACGACAGCAUUAGUCACAUCAAACAUAAGCCUCCCUUUAUCCUCAACAGAUAUACCCGGUAUUUCAAGUGACCAAUCAACAUCCGACGUACAAAACAGUUCGUUUGUUAUUUACAAUACUACGACUGCACUGCGUGAAAUAGAAGAUACGACGUCACACACGAGUAAACUACAUCAUGCGACUUAUAUGCAAAUCAUAUUUGUUCUUACACUUCUAUUAAUGUUCAAUAUCUUUAUAUAACAUUGUCACACUAAAGUUGCAAUUUUUUAUUGAUAUUUUUAUCGCACUUACUCUUCUACAUUCUUCAUGUAUUUAUUUGUAUCCGCACGAAGUAUUUCGUACUUCGUUUUCGUUCUUCUGUUUCGUGUAUUUUGGCUAAACAAUGUUCGUGACGAACAAAAGUAUGUCCGCAAUCGACAUAAACUUGUCUUUAAACGACAAACAUAUCCUCGGCGAAAGGACAUGUCCGCGACGAACGAAAAUAUAUUAACCAUGAAUAAUAAAAAUUAAACUAAAGAGAAAAAAA